GUGUUUUACGUGCCGUUGCUGGAGUUUUGGCAAUUGUGGACUUUGGAUUUUCACGUGAAAAUGAAGAGGAUUUGGAAUUUGCUGUAUAUUAUUUUGCUUUGGAUGGGAAUUAGCGUGAGAGCGCAAAGUUCAUUCUUCCGCCGCACUUAUUACAGCCCGAUUUCCGCGCCACCCGCACACUACUUCUCAUCGCAUCCCACCAGCCACGAGUUCAUGCCACUCUCUUACGCCAGCGAUUUGCAUACCGAAGAGAGCAAGCGAAAGGAAUCUGCGAAGAAAUAUGCAAAGAAACUAUCCUAUCGCCACUUAGCUUCGGAAGAGGAAGACAACUCUAGCGAACGCUAUGGUUCAGCCGAAUAUUCAAAUGAGGCACAUCAUUUUAAUUCAAAGGAAACUGAUAGCCGCGAGUACACCAUCGGUACGCAGAUACGUGUGCAACACCCGAUAACGGUACCCAAGAAAUCCAUAUCAUCGCAUUCCAAGUACAGUACGCAUACACCCAAUCAUUUUAAGAGCACUAGCUAUGCCGAUGUGAAUUUCUCAACCGAAGCGCACGACGCGAAAUUGCAACCAACAAAGAAACAUAUACACCAUCAUAAAUACUCACAGUUCUAUGAACCGGAUCCCUUCCAUGUGGUUGCACCACCCAAGCCCACACUUUCUGCAGUCUCAUCCACACCUCAACACAGCCUCAACUACAAUGUUUAUGAACCCGAACAAGAUGAAUACGAUGUACAUCCAGCGAGCACUAGCAGGUCUAAAGCACAACUGCGCGAACGCUUUAAGGGUGUUGCCUCACAGAAGCAAAUUGAAAAAUAUCUGGAAGAUCAACAGAAAUUACUUGACGAAGCGCUCAAGCUGCAGUUGUUGAAUAAUCCGAAAUUCCAGCAUUUGAUGAAAUCAAAAGAUGUUGAACAUCACUACGAUGAGGGCGAGUAUGAGGAGUUGCCCAUUGAUCCACAACCGCCACCAAUUUAUCGCCCAAAUUUCGAUGAUAAUUUGACAUUCAAGUCGAAUCGUCCACGUAGACGUCCAAAGGGCGCGGAGUUGAAACGUUCGCCAAAAUCACAGCCAAAGCCACCGACGCCGAUAGUUAGCUCGAGUAAGCGGCGAUUUCGCCCGGCACUUGUCAUCAAUGUUUGAGGAUGCCGAGGUCUAUUGGACAUUUGUGCGAUGAAAUGAAGCAUGUUACGAAUGCAGAUGAUACAUAUGCGCCUAUUGGUGCUUAUGCGACUUUUUUUAGUGUAUGUAAUAUUUUUUAUUUAUAAUUACUUUGUUUAAGAUGUUGAUACGAGUAUU